AGGAGUAAUAUUUGCCUCCGUCAUCUCUUUCUUUUGCUUUGAUUGCCUCUGUUUCCUUUUUGUUUCUUUGAUUUGAAAAGCCUGUAUGUUUAGUUGAAUUGGUAAAUAUUCCUUGUAUUGUGCAAUUGAGUCGCUAUGGCUCUUUAACACCACCCGGAUCAAAACUUGGCCGAACCAGAAUGAGAUUACUAUUCGCAAUGGGUCUGUAUUGAUCAGUAGUUUGAAACUAGACAAGAACUGGCAACUCCUCCUCCACGUUCCAGAAUACCCUUUUGAUUUUGCAUACAAGAGUGGGUGUUCUUAUUACAGUCCCUUUGGAUUGAAGGAUUUCAUAAGAAAAAGAAAAGAAAGGGUUAUGGUUUCUAGCCAUAUCACUCAUUUGAAUUGAAUAUUUUGGUGAGAAACGGAGAGAAAAGUACCAAAAAUGGAACUUUUUGAUUGGCUCUUCCCCUUUCUUAUCUCACCCUUUCUCAGGACAUACUGGAAUGGCAACUUAUCUUUACACAAAUUUUUUGCGAGGCGCCGUGAUAUGGUAUCUACCCUUUGGAGUUGCUUUCAAUUGGUCAUGAAGCAGCUCCGGUUCGAGAGGGUGUCAGCGCAGUUAUAUGUUUUGUUUUCGACUUGUAUUGUUAAGAUACAGGUAUGGUACAUAAAAUUCCAGGCUUAGGCCAGUUCAGUUUAGUGUAGCUACAAAUAGGGAUAAACAAUCAAUGGUAAAGCUCUAGUUGUAUUUCAUGAUCAUGGUUACGAACUUGUGUUUAUAUAAAGUUGAGGUGAAAUCACCGUUUAACAGUCUUUUUAUACUUGUUUUGGUUCCCGUAGCUAGGGCUUUCUUCUCCUUUUUUCUGGGGAAGUUGUGUGCUGAGGUACGAGUCAUGUUGCUUGUUUACAAUAGAGUGAAAAUCGUUCGAGCCAAUCCUAGACUGAGCUGAGCUCGUCUAGCAUGAAGAUCUCAAUCUUGGCUCGACUCAACUACAUUAUUUAAACAAGUGAGUUGGAGCUGCCAAUGAAAAGUCAAGCAUAGAUUAACAUUCGCAUUGAGAGCGAGAAAACAAGGUAAUUAACACUCGGACAUGGUAUUAAACAUAUCAUCGGUCAAGUAGGUAAAGGUGCACAAACACCAAGCAUAGCCCCAAAAAAAGAAGCUGCUUCAAUACAACCUUCCUUAGUCAACCCAUCGAGAGUAAUGAGAAGCACCUUAUUCAGGGAGCUUAGCAGUCCCGAGAAUCUUUCAUAGUUUUCUGAUAUCGGAUAAUUGACAGCUUGAGUAGUUUGUCGAACAGUUUCUUCAGGUGUAUUUUAAUGUAUAUUGAAUCUUCCAUAAUUCUCCACUCUCAUCACGUAUAUGUGACUGGGUCCAAGAAUUGCUUUAAGUAAUUUUUUUCUCUUAUUUGGUGGGGAAACCCGUUGUUGCUCUUUUUGGCAUAAAGAGCUUUCCCAUUCAUAAUAGGUAGAUCAAAAAACUCACUUCCGUGGGGAGACUUCCUCCCAUAGAGGAAUGGAAUGCCUGGGUUGAUUUCAUAAUUCGACAUAUAAAUAAUACCCAAUAUCUGGUCGAGCUCAGCUUGAAGUGCUUGAGAAGCCUAAAGCUCAUCCAUUUAGCAAACAAAGCCAGCUUCAAUGGGCAUUCAAUGAGCUGUGAUCAAGUUGGUUGCGUGCAAUUUGCUUUACUUGCAUCCAUGCUCUACAAGCUGAUGCACUACACUUCACUUCCUUGGGGGCAUAUCCUGGUUGAUUUGCAAAAUUGUAUUACUUUUAUUGUUGAAAAACUAUCAUAGUUCAGCUUGGUAGAAGGUGGGUCUCCAAAACCCGAUGCCCAUUGAAGCUAUUCUGUCUGUGAUGUGAGUCAUGUGACACCUUCUCCUGUUCUCUUCCUCCUAGUUGAAACUUGAAACUAACCAGUGUUAGAUGACAUGGGUUGAGGCAGCAAAGAGAAGACGUAGUAUCAUGUGGUUUGCUGAAAUAUGCCCAUAGAUUAGAGGAAUUCACAAAUAGGAUUCUCGUAACCAAUUCUUAAUUAGUUAAGACUGUUGAAUACCGUGUCAACUCCUCUCUCUCUCUCUCUCUCUCUCUCUCUCUCUCUCUCUCUGUGACACUUGUGCACACAAAUGCGUGUCUUACUCCAUUGUUAUGGUGGAUCCUCAUUUACUCUUGCUUUAUGGUAAGUAGGUUGCUUAUGGCUUGCCUGUUUCUUAUCUCUUGUCGUUGCUACUGCUUAUUCCCAUCAACUACCUUUCUUUUGGGAACUUGUAGGGGUUGUUUGGUAGAGGUUUUGAGUAAAGUUUUUGAGAUAAUAAGUGGAGAGAAAUUUUAUUGAAAAUUGUGCUGAGAGAGAGGGUUGGGGUUCUGGAACCCCAAGUGGACAAAGCCGCAGUGACUUAUUGAUAUGGGUGCUGUCCUUUCGGAGACUUGCUGGAGAUCUUGAGAUUAUUGGUGUUUUUCACGAUAUGACGGUACUGAAGAGAUAUGCAUGUGCCAAGGACAUUGGUGUUUUUUCUUGAUAUGACGCUACUGAAGAAAUAUGUGCUAAGGUUGUUUGAUAUGCUGAAGUACAUAACUUGCCUUUGGGUAUAUAGGAGCUUUAUGUAGAUCUUCAACACCAGAUGUUAACACUUAACACAUAAGGUUGUGUAUAGCGUAUACUAUAGCUAAGGGAGAUGUAGGUGUAUGUACAGCUAUGGUAUAUGUUUAUCCUCAUGAACAUAGAGGAAUGUCAUGCCUAGGACUCAUUCACAUAUGUAUUGCAAGUGUCAGUCUGUGGAUAUACAUCCGUUCUGUUGCAUUUGCCUUGUGCGGUCUGCAUUUGUUGUGCCCGUGUAGUGUAUACGCCUGUGUUUAUAUAUGCAAGUGUGUUUUGCUUUUUUCUUCCAGUUUUUCCUUCUUGUUUGCAGGUGUGCAUUUCUGUUUACUUCAUGUUCUGUGAUUGGUUUUCUUUCUUCUUUUUCAAUUUAUCAACUUGCAGCUAGGAACCCUCAGAUGUUAAGUCUGACUUAUUUUGCCCGUGCGACAGAACAUUGGAGUUUUUUCACGAUAUUUCAUGAUAUGACGAUAUUGAAGAGAUACAUGCUUAGGUUGUUCAUAUCACUGAAGUACAUUACUGCCAACGUUGUAGACAGAAACAAUGGACAGAUUGUUGCAACAGCAUCGACAGUCGAACACUCUGUCAAGAACAUGUUGGAGUGUGGUCGAUCUGGCAAUGCCAAGGCAGCAGCAGUAGUGGGGGAGGUGUUGGCGAUGCGACUCAAGGUGGAGGGUUUUGAACAGGGACAGGGAAGAGGGAUCCACGUUGAUGUCAACAAAGAGGUUGAGAAGAAAGGCUUCAAGAACCGUAUGAAGGUCUCGGCCAUUGUGAAUGCCCUAAAGGGCAACGGAGUCAAACUCAUACUUGAUGAGGAUGAGAACGGUAAUUCACGGCCUAAUCACUGAUAAACGAAUUCUUUUAUUUCUAGCUUUGAAUUUCCUGAGGGAUCCUUCUUGCUUCCGUGUACAGACUCAUGGGUAGGUUGUUUUCAAGUCUUCGUAGUAGCCAACUGAUGUCGAGAAAUAAUCUCGACCCACUGGUUUCAUCUUAACAAUAGAAACAUGACCCUGAAGACACUUCUAUACAGUUUGGACAGUGCGAAAGAAUUCCUUUACAUAGUAUUGAUAAUUUUUCUUCGUUUUCCGGUUCUCAAUUUCUCAAGUAUAUCGUGUACUAGUUCAUAUGUCUGAAUUUUAUUGUGAAUGCACAAUUCUGAAUCCCACUUCUUUUGAUACUGACAAAGUUAUUUCUGGGAGCUGCCAAGUGAAGCCAUGAAUACUACAAUCCAUUAUCGUUUCAUAGACAAUUGCAAGCAGGUUGAACACUCUCUCUAAAAAACUUUCGAACCCUAGCCGUCAUCAUCCAACCUCCCUCCUUCCCCUCCCCCCAUUUUCCGGCGGUGGGAGGGGAGGGAUCUACUCCCUUCCUCUUCUCUUUCUCUCCCUCUCUCUUUUUUCUCUCUUCUUUGUUUCUCUUUUUUUGACAGGUUGUCAAGUGGAGGAGGACAUGGCCGCCGCCGUAUUUCCAGAUUUUCUUCCUCUCUCCGGCUUUCCUAGCUCAUUUCAGCUACCGAUGUGAUUGUUGGGUUACACCGGUUUGAUGCCUAACGGCGAACGGCUGCGUUUCUAGGGGUUUGGGCGAUGGGGCAAAGUUUGGUGGUGCAGCGGCAAUGGUUCAGCAUCCUCGUCCGGCGUUCUGUAACGGUCUCAGUUCGCUGCUCAUGGCCACCGGUGUUGACUGUUGGGUUUCUACGGAUUGGUGCCUAACGGCUAACGGCUUGAGUUGUGGCUGGAUCUUAUGGGUUUCUGGGCGGCGGUUGGGCUGGACGGCUAGGAGUUGGGGGGUGGACGACGUGCAGCGAGGGGAGGCGGACAGCGGCGAUAGAUGCUGUUGGGCGGCUUGGUGUGGCCUAUUUUGGAGGGGUGGUCGAGCCGUUCUCCGGGACAGCAACAGGGGCUUGUUCCCCGGGUCUCCAGCUGCCACGAUCCCCGGGUCUCCGGCGCGGCGUGGCAGCGGCUCGCCCUUUUUCAGGCGGCUGUGGUGUGUUGGGCAUGGCUGCUGUGGUGUUUCACCUUUUAGGGUUUUUGUUGGGCUUUUUUGUUGGGCUUAUGCCCUUAUUUUUGGGCUUUAGGCCUCUUCUGGUGUUUGGGCUGCAUCCUAUCUGAUCUUCAUUGUAUUAUCUGGAUUUUGAGGCUUUUUAGGUGUCGGGCUUUGGCCCUUGGGUCUUUUGUUUCUUGGUUGGCAUCUUGCCAAUCAAGGCUUGGGUCUCGGAUAGGCACUUGUUGCUUUUCUCCCGGUCCUUUUAGUCUUUGUAAUCCUGCUUUUCUCCCGGUCCUUUUAGUCUUUGUAAUCCUUCGAAGAUAAUAAAAUUUGUUUUCGCUGUUCAAAAAAAA